UUUUUUUUACUGACAUAGAAACCUACCCGUUUUGCGGCUUGAUGAGUGUGCAUACAUGUGAUUUGUCCGUGCGGAAACACGUCGUUUUUGUUUUUUUUUUUACUCCUAAUACUUCCGCAAUCAAGGAAUUGAGAUAAACCGAAACACAGCACGGCCUCACAUGGCUCACACUGGCAGAAAAGAUGCUCCUGAACUUCCGGACUUUGCGUUGCUUAAAAGACUGGCCAAAGAUCAGCUCGUCUAUCUUCUGGAACAGCUCCCAGGGAGGAAAGACUUGUUUAUUGAUGCAGAUCUGAUGAGUCCACUUGACCGAAUAGCCAAUGUUACUACACUUAAGCAACAUGAAGUGGAAAAACUGUAUAAAGUUGAGCUCAAACCAAUUGCCAGUGUUUCAGAUCAACUCUGCUUCCUGAUACGUCCUCGAAUCCAGACAGUGAAGUGGAUUGCAGAUAUAAUAAACUCUGACAAGGCAAACGGAAGAUUCCGAAGAUAUAAAAUCAUCUUUUCACCUCAGAAGUUCUAUGCAUGUGACAUGGUUUUGGAGGAACAGGGUGUUUACGGUGAUGUGACAUCUGAUGAAUGGGCUUUCUACCUUCUUCCACUUGAUGAGGACAUCAUCAGUCUGGAACUUCCUGAAUUCUUCAGAGAUUAUUUUCUGGAGGGAGAUCAACGCUGGGUGACGACUGCAGGAAGUGCAUUACAUCUGUUACACUCUCUAUACGGCCCCUUCUCGAAGGUCUAUGGGAUUGGACGAUGUGCCAAGAUGGUGUAUGAGUCAUGGAGGGAGCAGGUGGAGGAAGGAGAGCAGAAAGCACGGCAGCCUGAGAUUGGUAACAUUUUCAUCAUUGAUCGAGACGUGGACUUUGUCACUCCUCUGUGCUCUCAGGUGGUCUAUGAGGGCCUGGUGGAUGACAUUUUCAGGAUUAAAUGUGGUUGUGUGGAGUUCGGGCCUGAGGUCACUUCCUCUGACAAGAGUGUAAAAGUGAUGCUUAACUCUCAAGAUAAGGUGUUCAACGAAAUCAGAAACGAGCAUUUCUCCAACGUAUUCAGCUUUCUGAGUCAAAAAGCCAGAAAUCUACAAACAGCGUAUGACAAACGGCGUGGGAUGGACAUUAAACAGAUGAAGACCUUUGUUUCAGAGGAGCUAAAAGGCCUGAAACAGGAGCACCGUCUUCUCAGUCUGCAUAUUGGUGCAAGUGAAUCCAUAAUGAAGAAGAAAACGAAGCAAGACUUCCAGGAAUUGCUGAAGACCGAACAUUCAUUACUUGAAGAUUUUGAGGUUCGUCAAUGUAUUGGCUUCAUUGAAGAACACAUUAACAGACAGGUGUCUAUGAUUGAAAGUCUGAGACUUCUUUGUCUCUUGUCUCUUACUGAAAAUGGACUCCUGCCGAAAGACUAUCGCUCUCUAAAAGCUCAGUACCUCCAGAGUUACGGCACAGAGCACCUACUGACCUUUGCGAACCUGAAGCAGAUAGGACUGCUGGUGGAGCAACAACCUGGAGAAGCUCUAACAGCAGUGGAAAGCAAAGUGGGCAAACUGGUCAAUGACAAGACAGCUGGAAAGCUGACUGAUGCAUUCUCUUCACUGGCCAAGAAGAGCAAUUUCCGAGCACUGAGUAAAAAACUGAUGCUUAUCCCUAAAACAGGGGAUGAGUAUGACCUCCGCGUUCCACGGGACAUGGCUUACAUAUUCAGUGGAGCUUACAUCCCUUUGAGCUGCAAACUGAUUGAACAGGUAUUAGAAAGAGAUGGCUGGACCGGGCUUGAGGAAGUCACACGCCUUUUAAAUGGACAUGAGUUUGCAGUCACAGGAAGUACCAGUGUGUCUGAAGCACGAAUCAAAACAGACCCUCAAAGGAUAAUUCUAGUGAUGUUCCUGGGAGGAUGUACCUUCUCUGAAAUAUCAGCCUUGCGCUUUAUAGGUAGAGAGAAAGGCUAUAAGUUUAUCGUGGUGACAACAGCGAUCACAAACAGUGGCAGACUGCUGGAGGCGAUGCUGGAAUAUCAGGCCUGAAUCCUCAGAGAUUAAAGUCCACACAGUGAUAGCAGACUGGCUAUCAGGGCAGACUGGCCUGUGUACAGGACUGAGCUAAGCAGAGAAGAACUUUUUUUAUUUAAUUACAAAGGGACAUGAAGGCCAUCAAAAACACUACAUUAUGUCAGUUCAAUGAAUGUAUGUUUGGUUUGGUAACAGUCUUUUAUUGUAAAGCUGCAGGAAUACUAUGGCACUUAAUAACAUUUCCAUGCUCUAUCCAGAUAACACCAAGCAGUCUAUUGUGGGUAAUAAAUAUAUAUUUGUUUUUUAA